AGAAGCAAUUAAUGAAAAGAGCAUUGUCUGUGCAAACUACAUAUAAAAGUAGAAAAUCAUAAUACAUGAUUACAUUCUGCUUAGUUGAGAUGAGAAGCUUCCAGGCUUUGUUUGCAGUUGCAUUUAUCUCACUAACUGCUUUCCAACCAUGCCUUGUCCAUGGAUACUCUUACAAUGACAUGUCCUUCAACUGGGGUGCCAAGCAUUCAUACAAUUUUAGCAAUGGUGAUCUUAAUCUGGUUCUGGAUCGUGUUUCAGGAUCCGGUGUUCAAUCACACAACACAUUCCUUUAUGGAAGCAUUGAGAUGCUAAUCAAGUUAGUUCCAGGCAACUCUGCAGGAACUGUCACAGCAUUUUAUCUUUCCUCUACAGGAAAAUAUCAUGAUGAGAUCGACUUUGAGUUCUUAGGAAACUCAUCAGGACAACCUUACACCAUGCACACAAACAUCUUUCUCCAAGGAAAAGCAAAUAGGGAGCAGGAGUUCACCUUUUGGUUUGAUCCAACUGCCGAUUUCCACAACUAUACCAUUCACUGGAACCCUAACGCAGUAGUGUGGUAUGUUGAUAGUAUACCCAUUAGGGUUUUCAGAAACUAUAGAAGCGAAGGAAUUGGGUUCCCAGACCAACAAGGAAUGAAGGUCUAUUCUAGUUUGUGGAAUGGAGAUAACUGGGCAACAAGAGGCGGGCUGGUCAAAAUCGACUGGACCUGUGCACCUUUCAUGGCAUCUUUCCGUAAAUUCAGUGCAAGAGCUUGCAAGUGGAACGGACCCCUUAGCAUUAUCCAGUGUACCUAUCCUACCCCAGCUAACUGGUGGACCUCCAAUGUCUACAAGCAACUGAGUUCGGAUCAGCAGGUCAAUCUCAAAUGGGUUAGAGAUAACUACAUGGUGUAUAACUACUGCACAGAUUAUUGGCGUUUUUAAUGGGAAGAUGGCACCUGAAUGUUAUAAGCCACAAUACUAAGAGAAACAUGAUAUUCUUUCAGAAUUACACCACAAUUCAUUUUCCAGUCUUAGCUUAAAACUUGGUUUUCCUUUUUAAAGUUUGGUAUUAAACUGCCUGCCCUUUGCAUUCCAUUAUAGAUGUAUAUAUAGGAGAAGUAUGAAGAAUCUGAAAUCGAAAUGGGAUUGAACCCUACCAAAGUGGGAGUAGUGAGUUCUCAUUCGGAGGAUAAUGAGACUAAUUUGUCUCCCAAAAUCACACAAUACAUUUGGUAAUUUUAGUGUUAUCAGCAUAUAAUGUAAUUAUAAUUACUGUCGAGACUAGUUGAGUUCAGUUUACCAUUCGAGCCUAGAGGUUUGGAAUGCACACACGGAUUGUUAAAUGUGGAAUCGGGUAUAUAGGGUCCGGGGGCAGUGCCCUUGGGUAUAGGGUUCCAAGGGGCAGCGUCCUUGGCGGGGUCUAGGGGUAGUGCCCCUUACGGGGUCCAAAGAGCAUAGCCCCUUACGGUGGUUUCGCUUUUCUAUAGCAAGAAAGGGUAUGAACAUAGAUUUCCUGUCAAAACCUAAUGAUGACAUCAUGAUGAUGUAGGCAACAAUUCUGUCCAAUAACUACCCUCUUUUGGCGCCAAUUUGGUGUAACCAACAUUUAACCACUUUUUUUCCUUAUAUAAAUGCAAGGUGAAUGUUCCAGGAAAAGGGUUGAUAAUUUUUAUA